GACCAAUAAAGUUUUAAGUCUGUAAUGAAAGUUUUGCUUGGCAAAAUAAUUUCUACAUUUUAUUCAGUUGCUGUAUUGUCAGAAGUAAUUUUUAUAUUCACUUUUGGUUCAUGCUGAUCCAUAAUGGUACAACCGCCCUUUUAAAUUCUAAAUUUUUUUAACUCCUCCUAGAGCAUUUUUUUUUCAAUUUGCUUGAUCAAUUUGCCUUUGUUUCCUUGUUGAAGCAACUACUCACUCCCUGAAAGAUGAAGAGUCUUAUUCAAUGGUCUGAGUUCAUGAGAUCAAGGCAAUAAACAUCACACCAGCACCAUUGCAAUGUUUGUCAUUUCUCGAGUGAUCUUUCUUCAUCUCCUCCUGCACAUUUCUUCAGCUUCAGAGAAGACAGCCUCCAACAACAUUGGCAGGGGGCGAAGCCUUGCGCUGGUUAAUCAUACAUUACCGGAUGAGCAAAGGGAGCAGAUACAAAGCAAUGUCAUUGUAUUGCUGGUUCCUCUCCUCUGCCUCCUGUCCUUCAUCAUUGGGUUUCCUGCCAACUCGCUUGCCCUCUGGGUGCUGCUCUUCAGAACCAAGAAGCUCCCUUCCACCAUCCUGCUGAUCAACCUCACCAUCUGUGAUCUCAUGUUUCUGUUGGUCUUCCCCUUCCGUAUUGUUUAUCACUUUCGGGGCAAUGACUGGACUUUUGGUGAACCAUUCUGUCGUAUUGCGAUUGCACUAUUCUAUGGAAACAUGUAUGGUUCAGUGGUUUGUCUGGCACUUAUUGCUGUGGAUCGCUAUGUUGCUGUAGUUCAGCCUCUUGGUGCCAAGUCGUUCCGUAGUAACAGGAAUUUUGGGUGUAUGAGCGUAUUAGUUUGGAUAGUGGUUGCAACAGCAGCUGUGCCCUUAUUAGUCUCCAAACAAUCUUAUCAAAUAAAGAACCCUCCUAUAACAACCUGUCAUGAUGCUCUUCCACCAGAUCAGCAGGAAAACUUCUUUCUGCCUUAUUUUAUUGCCCUUUUCUCAAUCUUUUUCAUGUUUCCAUUGCUGGUAGUGGUGUUUAGUUAUGUUUCCGUCCUACGUACCCUUAUGGCUAAAAGGCAACGUUAUGCCUACGCUGUGAGAGUGAUUGUGUUGAUGUUGAUAGUGUUUGUGGUUUGUUUUUUGCCAAGCAACAUUUUUUUACUGUUGCAUUACUUAAAGAUAGACUUCAUUAAUAAUGAUCUUUACGUUCCAUACCUGAUCAGUUUGUCUCUCAGUACCUUUAACAGCUGCAUUGAUCCCUUCAUUUUGUACUAUUCGUCUAAAAACUUCAGGAAGAGAUGUAGUUUAAAAAGUGAAUCGGUAUGAUUUUAUCACUUAAAGGGGCAAUAAGUAGGAUUUUAAGUGUUUUAUUAAUCAAAAUCAAUGUCUUUAUUCAUAAAUAUGUCCUCGGUGGUGUCAAAUGACCUCUGCCAGUGAUCUGACUUUUCUUUGUAAGCUUAGAAUUUCUUCUCUUUACUUACAUUGAAUGGGUAAGUCCAAAUAGGCAUCCAUAUCGUUUCGCCAUAUUGAUAAACUAUAAUAGCAGAGAGGGACAAAAAGCACCAGCCUACCAACGCGUUUCCACAACGCGUUUUCAUUUAGAUCACGUGAACCAGCUGCAACGGACAAGGAGAUCAGCGAUUACAUAACGGCUACCACAGUUGCAACAUGCAUUUGGAAAGGGGAGGAGCUAGUAAGCACCGUUCGUUUGAAUGCAAAAUACAACUCCACCACUAGAUGGGGGUAGAUCCUACUGAUUGCACCUUUAAAGUACAUCUGAAGCAGCAGUGCUGCAAUCGAUUAUUUCAAAUCAUUGUUCUUUGUAUUUAACAUUUAACGUUUAUAGAGCUCCCUGAUAAUGAUGAUUAUAUCAGGUGUUAGACAAAUUUGCAGUGAUGUGUUAAGAAAUUAUUUUAACAUUACAUUGUUUGUUGCGUUUAUUUUCAUUUCUGUUUUGUCCCUGGCAUUUUCCCAGACAGUGUUACAGUACAAACAAACCUUACAAAAACAAUACUGCUGGACAUCUUGAGACAAAACAAUGGCACUGAUAUAUUUCAAGAUAUGUCAGUGCAAGGUGUUUUUAAAUUAAGUCAGCUCAAACAUGCAUUUUAGUCUGGGACUAUAAGCCCUGUCUGGAAAAUCUCCCACAUAUCAUGGUUUUGUUAAUCACCUUGAAUUUUCACUGUGUAUGAAAUGUGCUCUAUAAAUAAAUUUGCUUUGACAAAUGAAAGGAGACAUUAAAUAGAAGUAUAGGAUUCAAGCAACAUGUAUAAAUUAAUCACAAUGAUUUAAAAAUGUAAUUCAAAUAUUUUUUUGCAAUGGUUUUUUUAUACAGGUAACUCUAAUAUAGAAAAUCUAUACUGGAAAGGAUCUGAUUGUCAUUGUAGUAUGAUAAAUAAAAUACACAAUAAAAUUGACCUUGAUUAAGAGCA